UGUUCUUUUGUAAACUACUAGAUUGAGGUGUUAUGGUUUGCAUUCUGACAUAAUUUUUUCGGCUUAUAGAAUUUUACUGCAUAAAACUCAAAAGGCUAGUUAAAGAGGGUAGGCAUUUUUACUUCUUCAUGAAAUUCAACUAUUACAUUUUCAGAACAUAUUUUAUAUUUUAUUUCAAAGAAUGAUAAAAAUCUUAGAGAAUGGAUCCAUCAGGACAAUGCAAACUUUGGAUGCUGAGGCUGAUCUUGGAAGUUUAUAAUCAAGCAGGAACAUAAAAACCAACAGAGUUCCAAUCCCUUGCAGGAUUAGGAAAUCUUCUCCUUUUUUUCUGGGAAAAGAUAAAAAAUGGAGGAACAGUUGUUUAUCCUCAAAGUAGACUGAGAGGAAGAAGCCGAAAAGUAUGGGAUUAGACAGAAGGUAAUGGAUAAUGCAAUAUUGGGAUGGGGGCCCCUAAACAAGAUCUCAACUUUUUGUCGAACCAAAAAAAGAAUGUCCCUUUCUCAAUUAGGGUGCCCCACAAAUUCACGCAGCCAAUCAGAGAACAAUCCUUUGGAUGAACUAUAACCCCUCGACCAAUGAAGAAGUGGAUAAGGCCCUUCUGUGGACCUACCCACUGCAAGUUCUUUUUCUAUAUUAAACAAGUGCACAAAAGUGCAAUUCCUUCUCAGUCUAGACCCUUCUCUGUCGUGGAUUUAGCUGGAAAAGCGCAGUCCGAGGGGCAUUCCCCAGGUCCCUCCAUGGUGUCUAGUUAAAAUAGUUUCUCGUGAACAUUUAUGAAACAACAAUGACGAACUAGUAGAAAAUAUCAGUACAGUGUCCCAAUUUGAAGCCUGCAAGUUGUGUUUUUAAUACAAACUCACAUUUUUACCUGAGUUUCAGUGUAUUGACUCUUUAUCAUUUCUGGUUAUUUGAAUUUUAUGAUGCCGAGGAAAAGCGUGCAGAAAACAGCAGAGGGAGGCAAGACCGCCAGACCCUGCGAUAGCUGUAUCAUCAAGCGGGCUCGGUGGUACUGCGCUGCCGAUGAUGCUUUUCUGUGCCAAGCUUGUGAUGCUUCAGUUCACUCCGCCAACUCCUUGGCUCGUAGGCACGAGCGAGUUCGUCUUCCAACUGUCUCUUACAGACCCUCUUCAGACAACUCCUCUGCUGCUUCAUGGCACCAAGGCUUCACCAGAAAGCCACGGUCACCUCGAAUGGGAAAGACCGCUCCGAUGAGGAAGCCAUUUCCUCAGGUACCGGAGGUGAGUGCUAAAGAAGAAACUGAAGAUCAAGAACAGCUCCUCCUUUAUCGAGUUCCUGAAUUGGGAACCGAUUCAAAAGUUGGUAAUUUGUUUAGUUUUGUUGGGGAAAAAGAAAACUCAAUUGGGUAUCUCUCAUACGAUAUGGAUCCUGCUGAAUUCGCGGCUGAUGUUGAGAGUUUGUUGGGGAAGUCGCUUAAUAAUAAGUGCUUUGAUAUGGAAGAACUGGGGCUAGCGGCUUCCAAAGAUCACUCAACGAUAAAGGAUGAUUACUCUUUAAACAGCCACGAACUUAUUAGGAUUGAACAAGAUGAGAUAGAGAAAUUGACUCCGAUGCUCAGCGCAGAAGCCGAUACAAUGAGGGAGCCAUUUGAACUGAACUUUAUGGAGUUAGUCCGAAAUCCAACGACGUGCGGUGAGGAAAACAAGGUGAUGAUGGAAGUCAAGGAAGUGGUGAAGAAGGGUGAACUUGAGAUGGAAGAGACAAAGAUUGUUAACAACAAAAAAAAAGUAUCAUUGAGUUUGGAUAGUGAAGGAGUGAUAAUGGCUUGGGGGAGCAGAGGAACUCCAUGGAUGUCCGAUGAUGGACCGAAUCUCGACCUCAAUUAUCACUGGCUGGACUACAUGGGUACGUGGGAAAGUGAAUAUUAUUAUCAGGCUUUCGGGGAGGUUAGCGGCGGAAUCAGGCGACAGGCGGCAGCCGGAGUUGAAGGAGAGAGAGAAGCACGAGUGUCGAGAUACAGAGAGAAGAGAAGGACGAGAUUAUUUGCAAAGAAAAUAAGAUAUGAAGUUCGGAAGCUGAAUGCAGAGAAGAGACCGAGAAUGAAGGGGAGGUUUGUGAAGAGAUCGACUUGCUUUGCGCCGCCACCUUUGCCUCUCUUUAAUUGAUCAUUAAUCUUCGAUCUUAAUUUUGAACCACUAAUUUAAUACAAUAAUCCACUUUUGUAUUUCA